CUCCUCGUCCUCCUCCAUUAUUGAAUGUGCUUAUAGCAAUAUGGAAGGUGCUGAAUGUUUAUGUUAUGGGAAAUAGUUUAUGUGCUGAAUGUUUUGUGUUCUCUUCUUUUGUGUCAUGUCAUGAAUAUUAGUAAAAGAUGUUAUAGCCAAUAAUUAUCGUACUGUAAAAUUAGUUUUCUCUUUUAUUAGAUUUCAAUACUAUGGCAGUCUAUGGCCUCACUUGACAUACUGUUCCCAUGAAUUUCAGCCUUCAAAAUAGUUUUUUUUCUUCACAAUAUCUGGCAGAGAAACUUCUUACAUCAAGGAUGAAUGAGUACUAUCAAGUAUAUUAUAAGCUUUCAUGCAAAGCUGAUGUUGGAUUUUUGCAUAACAAACACCAGAAAUGGCUGAAUGCUACUUUAGAAACUAAUAUAUAUUCCUUAAAAAGAAUGACUGAAAUAUCUAAACCAGUGGAGAAAGCAUGCCAUUUACCCUUUAUAAAGGGCGAUUGCAUAUUUUGAGCUCAUAGUCUCUUCUUCUUCUCUUUUACUUGUGCUUUAUUUUUACUUCUAUUUGAGACAAAACCAUACAGAAAGUGUGAGGAAAAACAAAUAAGAAACAUGGAACAAAGACAUGUUCAAGAAAAUUCUAUCCAUGUGCUACUUGUUUCAUACCCUAUACAAGGGCAUGUUGCACCAUUCAUAAAGUUGGCAUACCUAUUUGCUGGUCGUGGAAUCAAGGUCACACUUGUGAUAACAGAGUUUGUACAUGCAAGUCUGGUGGCCGCACAUCCGGAAUUGGAUGGUGAGCAGUAUGAUCAGGUCAGGCUUGUCGCGGUCCCUGAUGGAUUACCCAAAGAAGAUGUGCGAAAUGAUGAAUGUAAGAUGGGUGAGAGUGUAUUCAAAGUCAUGCCUGGUCAUGUGGAAAAUUUGUUAAACAAGGCCAACCUGGAGGGUAAUCAGGUGACCUGUGUCGUAGCCGAUGCAGUUUUUGGUUGGGCUUUGGAGAUUGCGGAGAAGAUGGAGCUUAAGUCAGCACUCUUCUGGCCAUCUGCACCAGGAGUUUUGGCCUUGACACUCAACAUUCGAAGGCUUAUUGAGGCUGGGGUUAUAGACUCCAAUGGAACUCCAACAAUGAAGAGGAAUAAGGUUCAACUAUCAUCAGACCUGCCCCCUGUGACUAGCGCUGACAUUGUGUGGAGUUAUCCCGGGAACGAGUCAACACAGAAGAUCAUGUUCCAGCAUUUCUUUGCCAUUCACCAGAAUGUGAAAAAAAGUGACUGGCUUCUGUGUAACUGGUUUCAGGAGCUCAACCCCUCUGUUGGUGAUUUAGUCCCAAACAUGUUUCCACUUGGUCCAUUACUUGCAAAUGGAAAACCUGCCGGGAACUUUUGGCCAGAGGACUCAACUUGCUUGGGCUGGCUCAACAGGCAACCGGUUGGAUCAGUUGUUUAUGUUGCAUUUGGCAGCAGCUCCAUGUUCAGCCAGCACCAAAUUGAUGAACUAGCAUUAGGCCUUGAACUUCUUGGUCGACCGUUCUUAUGGGUGAAUCGAUCAGACCUCAUCAAUGGCUCUUCUGCCAAAUUCCCAGACGGGUAUGAAAAGAGAGUGGCUAACCAUGGGAAGAUGGUUCACUGGGCACCUCAAGAAAAGGUGCUGGCUCACCCAGCUAUUGCUUGUUUCUUGACCCAUUGUGGCUGGAACUCAACCAUGGAUGGCAUAAGCAUGGGGGUUCCAUUUCUCUGUUGGCCUUAUUUUGCAGAUCAGUUUUACAACCGCAGUUGCAUAUGUAAUGGUUACAAAGUUGGCUUGUGCUUGAACCCAGAUGAUUAUGGGAUUGUUACAAGGCAUGAAAUCAGAAGAAAAUUGGAUGGUUUGCUUGCUGAUGAAGGUAUAAAAGCAAAUGCAACAAAGCUCAAACAAAUGGCGGAAGAGAGCAUCAGUGGAGGAGGAUCUUCUGCAAAUAAUUUGGAACGUUUCAUUGAACACAUGAAGCAAUGAAGCAUAAAUAGUAUAUAAAUACAUGUCGUCAUUUACAGUCAUAAAAUGCUUAUUGCAGCCUUAUUGCAGCUCCAAAAAAUAUAUAUAGAAGAUUAGACUUCUAUAUACUUUAAUUAAAGAAUAAAUAAUCAAGUA